AUGUUUCUCCGGUUACUUAUAUUGGAAUCUGACAAAAAUUCUCUAUGGAUCAAAAUAGUGGGAAUUGCGUUGAUCGCACUUCGGUUUGCUGAUUGGCCUUAUGAAUUAGCAUUUUUACCUGUUGAACAAACACUCAUUAAUGCUUCGGAUGCAGGUACCACUUGUUGGGCUAUUUGGGCGAAUGGUGUGAUCAUAUUGAAUUUCAUUGGUGAUGCAUUAGCCAAUUUAUUUCUCAGUGGUAUGUUUGUUCGCAGACUUUAUGGUCAUAUUCGUCGAUCAAGAAAAGUGAUGAGCCAUCACAAUUGUGUCAUUGAAUAUAUUGCAAGGAAAUCAUUAAUCUGUUUGGCUUUAACAUUCGUGGUGAAUCUUAUUAUGAAUUUAUUCAAAGUGACAAUGUUUUUAGGUGAUCGAUCUGAUGCUUUUACUGUAUAUUUUGCCAUUAUUGAAUCAACUUUACUUGUCGAAGCUUUACGAGUGGAUCAUCCUGGUAUUCGUGAUCAAUCAUCAUGUCAUCAAUGU